AUGGCUCCUCGCUCUCAACUUGAAAUCACCACCUCCUCGGUCAUUCGCCUGGUCAAGGAAGAGGCUUCCUAUAAAAACGAGCUGAUCCAACAGGAGGCGCGUAUCAAGAAGCUGGAGAAUGCGCAGGGCGGCGAAGAUGAGAACCAGGAGUACAUGAUUAAGCAAGAGCAUCGGGCUCUUGAGGAAACCAAGAAGGUCUUGCCUACCCUGAAGGCCAAGCUUGUCAACACCGUGGCAGACCUGCAGACUUUGAUCACCGAGGAGGGCCAGAAGGGCGCCGAGAGCAACGUUGAACACAUCACCGCUGCGAAGGAAGCCAUCGCGAAGGCCAAGACCGCUGAGCGGGAGCUUUCUUGA